AUGGAUGCAUUCAUUAUUGUACUUUUAAUCAGUGUACUUGUCAUUGUAGGAUUACUUUAUUUGGUGUUGUUUCCUUCAAGGAAUUACAUUGAAACUAUUACUCAAACAGAUGACGACUACCAAGAACCACAACUAUUAGAUACUAUCAAUGACAAUCAACAAAGAAAUAAUCAACAACAACAACAACAACAACAAAGACAUACUGCUGUAUCUCGCAUGAAUCUUAGAAAUAGAAGACAUCCUAAUAAUAAUAAUAAUAACAAUAUUAAUAAUAAUAACUACAACAAUAAUAAUAAUAAUAAUAAUAAUGAUGAUGAUGAUGAUUCAGAUAUAGAUGACGAUGAUUCAGAUGAUGUUGAUGAUAAUAAUAAUGCAUCUUCUUCAUCAUCUACAACAAAAAGAACUAAAAAGAUUGGAACUAAAAAGUUGGAAAAGAUAAAGAUGAAAGAAGAGAAGAAAAAGAUGAGAGAAUAUGAAGCACAUGUUAGAGAGGAAAAGAAGAAAAAGGAUGAGGAAAAAGAUCGUCUUUCAAAACAAAAGAGAGAUGAUGAAGAAGAAAGAUCAAGACAACGAGAGGAACAAGAGAGAAAGAUUAGAGAGGAAAAGGAAAAACGUGAUGAAGAGGAAUAUAGCGCACUCAAAGCUACCAUGUCUUUGGAUGAACAAGGAGAAGGACGAAUCCAAGAAGAUGAAAAUACGCUUUUUGAAAGAUUCAUAGAUUAUCUAAAGACAAACAAAAUCUCACUAUUGGAGGAUGUUGCACAACAUUUCCAAAUAAAGACAAACGAUGUCAUUGAUCGUAUAAAGCAUCUCGAAAAGGAAGGUCUUUUAUCUGGAGUCAUAGAUGACAGAGGUAAAUUCAUCUACGUUACCAAAGAAGAAAUGGAAUCGAUUGCCAAGUUUAUUGCAAAAAAAGGAAGAGUAACAAUCGAACAAUUGGCAAAACAAUCAAAUGUUUUAAUUGAUCUAUCAACCAAAAUGCUACAAAUCCCAAAUAAUAAUAAUAAUAACGAAAAUAAUAGUAGAGGUGUUGAUAUUGGUUAA